CUCAUAAACUUUCUCUGUGUCUAUCAGAACUCUCUGAACCCACAUUGCCUUUUUGUUCCAAAAUAUUCGAUUUUCACUUCCAAAUCCAAAUCCAAAACCAAAAAAAACCCAACCCAUGAAGGUCUCAAGCAGAUCCUUCACGCUGGGACUAGUAACAGCAUGGUACUCCUCCAACAUAGGCGUGCUAUUACUGAACAAGUACUUGCUUAGCAAUUACGGGUUCAGGUACCCAAUCUUCCUCACUCUCUGCCACAUGCUUGCUUGCUCUCUCUUCAGCUACAUUGCCAUCAACUGGUUCAAGCUUGCUCCAUUGCAGACCUUGCGCUCUCGCCUCCAGUUCCUCAAGAUUUCGGCUCUCAGCCUUAUCUUUUGCUUGUCGGUGGUCGCCGGCAACGUGUCCUUGCGCUAUCUUCCAGUGUCGUUUACUCAGGCUGUUGGGGCCACCACGCCGUUUUUCACUGCGCUGUUUGCUUGUUUCAUGACUUCGAAGAAGGAGAGUUGGCUUACCUAUCUCACUCUUGUUCCUGUUGUCACUGGUGUUAUCAUUGCCACUGGGGGGGAACCAAGUUUUCAUCUCUUUGGAUUUAUAAUGUGUGUUGGUGCUACAGCAGCACGGGCGCUCAAGUCCGUGCUUCAAGGGAUUUUGCUAUCUUCUGAAGCGGAAAAGCUUAAUUCUAUGAACCUCCUUAUGUACAUGGCUCCAGUAGCUGUUAUAUUCCUUCUUGUUGCAGCACUUGUGAUGGAAGAAAAUGUGGUUGGGAUCACAAUUGCACUUGCAAGAGAUGAUGUGAAGAUAUUGUGGUAUCUGAUCUUCAAUUCUGCACUAGCAUAUUUUGUAAAUUUGACCAAUUUCUUGGUCACAAAGCACACCAGUGCAUUGACUCUCCAGGUUUUAGGAAAUGCAAAAGGAGCUGUUGCAGUGGUUAUCUCAAUUUUGAUAUUUAGGAAUCCCGUAUCAGUUAUUGGGAUGCUCGGGUACAUCCUCACAGUCAUUGGGGUUGUCCUCUACAGUGAAGCCAAGAAGCGGAGUAGAUGAGGCAUCCUGUCUUGAGCAUACAGAUAUGAAUUUCAUAUCUUAGGCAGCAGCAGCAGGCUUCUUCAAUUCAAAAGAAGAAACAUGUUCGUCCAGCAGAUGCUAUAGAUUGCACAAUCUAAAAUUCUUUUACAGAAGGCAGAAAGAGGUUCUCUGUAGGUUGUCAAAGUGAAGCAACACAAAAUUAGAAGAAUCUCCAAUAAAUUGUGAUAUAAUAUGUCAUGUUAUAACCAUUUUCCCCCCCAAAAUGAGGUGCUGGUUAUAUUUUUACUGAACCCUUUGGAAGAAGUGAGAGAAGAUUCUAACUUAAAUCUUUUUUCCUUCGUUUUGGGAUUAAGCACUUAUUUUUUAUUCUUUUGUAUAAUUAUAUACUUAUGAAUUAAUGAUAGAUGAUAAUUUCACA